CUUUUGACCCCGAAACCGGUGCAAAAGUAGCUAAACAUGGCGUCAAAAGAAAAAAUGUAGUGCACAUUAUAUUUGAAAAAGUUUGCGAUAAAAGUGAAAUCUAACAUUUAAAAGUGUAAAUAUAUCAAUAAAAGUUGAUAGUCAUGGAUACUCCACAGCCGCCGCGUGAUUCCAGUCUUCGGAACAUAAUCGACAAAUUGGCUGAAUUUGUGGCACGAAACGGGCCUGAGUUUGAAAUGAUCACCAAACAAAAGCAGCACGGCAAUCCAAAAUUUGAUUUCCUCUAUGGAGGCGAAUUCGCUGGUUACUAUCAAUAUCGAGUGACCGCUGAGCAAGCGUUUCUGAAACAACAAGGCUCACUUCCACAGUCCUCCACGCACCACCCGGCUUCGGUACAUCAUAUGUCACAUCAUCAAUCCCAGUCAGCGUCUCCGGGAAUGUCACAUCAUUACACGCAGGGUCCUCCAUCUCAAAUGCAUAUCCCACAAACACAAGGAUUACCACAAAACUCGCAUGAUGGAAAUAGUUUCAAUAUGAAUAUGCAGCAACCACCACCAACUUCCUCAAAUAACACAAAUAUCGCAUUAAACCUUACUGGGCAAAUAGAAGGGAUUAAUAUGCAGCAAAACACUUUACGCGAGCAAAUACAUCAGUCCGAAUCAAAUCUCUCCGCACAACACUCGGCACUGAUGGCACAACAAGCUAAGCAAAUUGAAGAAGCCAUUGAAACGGCUCAGAAUACGCUCUUGGAGAAGCAGGCCGAAGAGCAUGGCAUAGCGUUACGUGAAUUCGACGGCAUAUUGCAGCCAAUAAUUGAGUCCUGCACGAAGGAUAGCAUUUCCUCAGGCAAAAACUGGAUAUUACAGCAUUCAUCCGACAGCGCAAAAAGCAAUGUUGUUUUACAAUAUCUUUUAAAAAAGGCUUUGGUCACUGGUUCAACGUUUCAACAAAAAUUGCAUCUUAUAUAUUUAGUAAAUGAUAUACUCCACCACUGUGUGCGUAAGAAUUCCCACGAUUUGAAGAACAAUUUGGAAAAUGUGGUCAUACCAAUGUUUUGCAGUGCAGAUUUAAUUGCCAGCCCGGAGCAACGCGCUAAACUUACAAAGCUGCUCUCACUUUGGGAGUCAAAGGCAAAGUUUUUCGAUGCAUGCGUCAUAUCGAAGCUGCAGUCGCCCGAUUCAUCAAUGCAAGAAUACAAAACGAAUUUGCAGAAUUUGCACCAGGAUAUCGUUACGAAAUUUGCACAAGCCACUAAGGCCACACUAGAUAACUACCAGAAACAGCAUCAAAUCUUCAUUCAGCAUGCAACGCAACAAAUCACACAAUUGGAACAACAGAAGCAGCAAUUGGAACAGCAGAUGCUGGCAUCUGUAUUGCCAAAUGCUGCUGCGCUUUUGCCGGCGGUUGCAGCGUUACCUCCACAACAACUGCAACAGCCAAUUAUUCCGAAGAUUCCUUCGCUUAUGGCGCAAAAAGUUUCUAUGCCAGACGAUGAUGAUGAGCUUAUGAAGCCACCAGGGGUUGAUGAUAACAGUUAUGGCGGUGGCAAUACAAAUAGGAAUCACCAUUAUCAGCAACAGAAGCAGUAUGAUAACGGCAUAAAUUUUAAUCAACCAACUAGUGCACAACAAAACAAUUUCGCGCUUGAUAAUAUGCCACAGCAAGGUGGUGCUGGGAACUUCUUUAUACCUGAUAUGUCAAAGCCACCUCCAGGUUUUGCGAGUGGCGCUCCCAGUGCGGUUGCCAACCAAAUAACGACCAGUUUGCAACAGCCAUUUGGGCAAAUGAACAACAUUCCGCAUGCUGCCAACAACAAUAAUAACGUAGGCGCUGGUAGCCUUGAUGCGGGAGCUCCCAGUAUUGAUGUGCUGGCGCUUAACGCAGCUAUACAACUUGUGUUAAAGCAACAGAAUCAACAACUACAAAACUCUCAUCAAAAUAUAGAUGCGACUGGGCAACUUCUGGCACAUCCAGAAACACAGACUCUACCACAGCCUUCAACGCAACCCCAAAUGCCGCACAUCUUGCUUGACAAUGAUGAAAUUUCACCGUCAUUAGGUCUUAUGCCGCCACAAAUUGAAAUGGAGGAACAAAAACCAUCAGCGCCUUAUUAUGACUUGCCUGCUGGAUUGAUGGUGCCAUUGAUACGUUUGGACGACUAUAACUACAAGGCUCUGGAUCCGGCAGAGAUACGUCUACCACCACCUGCGCCACAAAGUGAGCGUCUAACAAACGCUUUAGCGGCGUUCUACGCGCCACCAACUCAUGAUCGGCCACGUGAUACUGAGGGCUGGGAAAAGCUCGGGCUUUAUGAAUACUACAAGGUGAAAAAUGCGGCGAAAAAGCAGAAAGAGGAAGAGAUACAAAAGGGUGAACGCGAAAAAACACGCUCACCCUCACCCAUCACGUUGGAGAAACCCAAAACAAAAAAACUCAAUAAAAGAUGUUACCGCUCAAAAAGUCGCAGCCGUUCGAAGUCACGAUCACCAUAUCGUUCACCGCCUCCAGCGCGUUCAUCUUCCAGCCGGCGUAAUAACCGCUACAGUCAACGUAGUCGUUCACCUAGAAGAUCGCCACCGAGAGAACGCAAUGAACGGGAGCGUGAUUCUUCUAGUAGUAACCGCGAAAAUCGGUCGGAGCGUGCCAAUCCACGACGUGAACGCUCCGUAACUCCCCCAAGUUUCUUUGGUGGAAACUUUCCAAAACCCAAUGAGUUUAUUGAAGAAACAAAUAAAGGUCAUCAAAUGUUAAAGAAAAUGGGCUGGGCUGGUUCGGGAACUGGUCUGGGUUCAAAGCAGCAGGGCAUCGAUCAGCCUAUUUCAGGAGGCGAAGUCCGCGAUCGCAAAGACAUGUUUAAAGGUGUUGGAAUUAAUAUGAAUGAUCCAUUUGAAAACUUUCGUAAAAACAAAGGAGCAGCUUUUGUGCAUCGAAUGCGAGCACGUGAUGAAAAGAGUUAAA